GGCGGCGGAGGGAUCUGCCAGGGGAUCACCUUGAGACUGCGGCGCCGAGUCCGCCGUAGAGGCGCGGGGAGCCGCAGAGGUGCACGCGCAGCUGUCGAGUCGGCCUGAGUCUCCCGGGACCCACGACCUCAGAAGCCAUGUCGAAGCCCCACAGUGAAGCCGGGUCUGCCUUCAUCCAGACGCAGCAGCUGCACGCGGCCAUGGCGGACACGUUCCUGGAGCACAUGUGCCGGCUGGACAUCGACUCCGCGCCCAUCACGGCCCGCAACACGGGCAUCAUCUGUACCAUCGGCCCUGCCUCCCGAUCGGUGGAGAUGCUGAAGGAGAUGAUUAAGUCGGGAAUGAACGUGGCGCGCAUGAACUUCUCCCACGGAACUCACGAGUACCAUGCGGAGACCAUCAAGAAUGUGCGCACGGCCACGGAAAGCUUCGCCUCGGACCCCAUCCUCUACCGGCCUGUCGCGGUGGCUCUGGACACCAAGGGACCCGAGAUCCGAACGGGGCUCAUCAAGGGCAGCGGCACGGCGGAGGUGGAGCUGAAGAAGGGAGCCACGCUCAAGAUCACGCUGGACAACGCCUACAUGGAGAAGUGUGACGAGAACAUCCUGUGGCUGGACUACAAGAACAUUUGCAAGGUGGUGGACGUGGGCAGCAAGAUCUACGUGGACGACGGCCUCAUCUCCCUGCAGGUGAAGCAGAAAGGUCCUGACUUCCUGGUGACGGAGGUGGAGAACGGUGGCUUCUUGGGCAGCAAGAAGGGCGUGAACCUCCCCGGGGCUGCAGUGGACCUGCCUGCCGUAUCGGAGAAGGACAUCCAGGAUCUGAAGUUCGGCGUGGAGCAGGACGUGGACAUGGUGUUCGCCUCUUUCAUCCGCAAGGCGGCUGACGUCCAUGAGGUCAGGAAGAUCCUGGGAGAGAAAGGGAAGAACAUCAAGAUCAUCAGCAAAAUUGAGAACCACGAGGGGGUGCGCAGGUUUGAUGAGAUCCUGGAGGCCAGCGACGGGAUCAUGGUGGCUCGCGGUGAUCUUGGCAUUGAGAUUCCUGCAGAGAAGGUCUUCCUUGCCCAGAAGAUGAUAAUUGGGCGAUGCAACCGUGCUGGGAAGCCUGUCAUCUGUGCCACGCAGAUGCUGGAGAGCAUGAUCAAGAAGCCCCGCCCCACCCGCGCCGAGGGCAGUGACGUGGCCAACGCGGUCCUGGAUGGAGCCGACUGCAUCAUGCUGUCUGGAGAGACGGCCAAGGGCGACUACCCGCUGGAGGCCGUCCGCAUGCAGCACCUGAUAGCUCGGGAGGCUGAGGCAGCCAUGUUCCACCGCAAGCUGUUCGAAGAACUUGCGCGAGCCUCCAGUCACUCCACAGACCUCAUGGAAGCCAUGGCCAUGGGCAGCGUGGAGGCUUCCUAUAAGUGUUUAGCGGCAGCUUUGAUAGUUCUGACGGAGUCUGGCAGGUCUGCUCACCAAGUGGCCCGGUACCGCCCACGUGCCCCCAUCAUUGCCGUGACACGGAACCACCAGACCGCCCGCCAGGCCCACCUGUACCGUGGGAUCUUCCCGGUGGUGUGUAAGGAUCCGGUCCAGGAGGCCUGGGCUGAGGAUGUCGACCUCCGGGUGAACUUGGCCAUGAAUGUCGGCAAGGCCCGCGGUUUCUUCAAGAAGGGAGAUGUGGUUAUUGUGCUGACCGGAUGGCGCCCUGGCUCCGGCUUCACCAACACCAUGCGCGUGGUGCCCGUGCCGUGACAGCCGCAGCCGCUCCUCCAGCCCCUGUCCCAUCCCUUCCCCCAACCCAUCUGUUAGGCCAGCAACGCUUGUAGUGCUCCCUCGGGCUGUAGUGUGGCACUGGUGGGCUGGGACGCCGGGAAGACGGCUCCCUGCCAAACGUGUCCGGGUCCAGGUGGGACCGCCCGAGCCCGGCACCCCUGGCGGGGCUCACCCAGGCUCGGAGCAGGGCAGGACCUGAGGGCCCCCUCCUAGCCUACGUAGGGGAAGGCCAGAGCUGGGCCUCAGGGGAGGUGGCGCAUCCAGUUGAAGCAGUCGCAGAUCUGGCCUCUGGGCCUCCCCACUCCACGCUGUGUGUUGUGCUCACCUGUGUUCCCCACCCCACUCAGCUGUGGCCGCCAACAAACACUCCACCUCCACUUAGCCCACGAGCGCGCUCGAGGCCUGCUUUGUGUCAAUAAACAGCGGCUGAA